AUGCGUUUUAAUCCAUCUACCCAACCCCGUGCUUCUCAUAUUCCUAGAGUAGAAAACAUCCGUUUAUCGCAAAAAUCAUCGCAAAAUACAGCGUAUCGAUACAAUCCUCCACCAUUAAUGUCGAUCGAUCCUGCAUAUAUACCUCCUCUUUUUGUUCAACAACAAAUACGAAAACAAUUUGAAGAAAGUCAAAAACAGAAACGUGAACGCCAACGAGCAGUUCAACCAACCCUCACACCUCAAGCAACCAAAUCGACCAAUGCAGUCACAACGGUCAACUCGAAACCGCAGUCUAAACCUUUGCCAUUACCAACAACAACUGCUGAUCUGAUUCCAGUUCCAACCGUAGCAGUAUUAUCAGACUCCAUGGCGUCUCGAAUACGACAAAACGAGCUACAAUCACCACAUGCUACAAUUAAAUUGUACUCACAAUCGGGAGCGACCAUCGACAAAUUAAUCGAAUAUGUGUAUUCAAACGAUGGUACACACUUCCUAUCUGAUAUAAGACAAGUAUUACUUAUUGUCGGUACGAACGACCUAUCAGAUAAAUAUCCUGAUGACAUGAUUAAAUCGAUAACAAUGAUGUAUAAUAAUAUCCGAUAUCGUUUUCCUCAGAUACAGAAAGUUUUUAUUCAUAAAGUCUUUCCGCGAAAAAAACCCACCAAAUUAUUCCCCUCACUCUAUGCCGUUAACGCACAAAUUGACCGUUAUAACGAACUACUCGAUGAACUAUCGACAACAAUACCGAUUAUUGUCGUAAAAACUGAUAUAUUGGAAAACGAUUUAUUCGAUAAACUACAUCUUAUCGAUCCAGCAGGUAAAAACAAAUUACUGUCAACAAUCAAAACUGUUUUUGCACCCUCUUUUCAAGCUUGUAACCUUCCUUCUGCUUCUGGCCUUAACCCUCUCUCUUCAAACAUGUUAGCUCCAUCCGUUGCCGAAGCAACGGAGCAGGACCAACCAGAUCGUUAUGUUAAAAAUACAGUGAACAAAAACGCAUGGUUCUAG